AUGACCGCUCCCUCCUACCCCUCUCCCUCUCCCUCCCGUCCCGCUCAUCCGUAUCCCUCCCCCUCCUCAGUCCGCGACCCGCGCAAACUCUACCCUUCCCAGCUCGCGCACGGUCGCCCCACACCUCUGCACCGCAGAGGCACGUCGAGCAAGUACGAGUCGCUAGAAGACCUGCUCGUCGAGCAUGGCUACAAAGAAGUGCGCAUCGUUACCCCGCUCAUGGAACGCGAGCGAGAGGGAAAGGAAAGGAAGCCUAGUUUGGCUAGCUUGCUUGGCUCCAGGAAGGCUGGGGUGGUGCUAGACGCUCAUGCGCCUGGGCAGAGCGCGGUCGACCUCCUACGGCAACUGGUUAGCGGGUUCCCAGCAGGGUUCCAACCCCCCACACCGGCGACAUUACAACGUUCCCAAACCCCUUCUCCCAACUUUCACCGCGCGAUCCUCUCCCCCAUACCUCAGCGACCUAAACCGACGUUCCUAGCUUCAGACCCCUAUUCCCGACCUCGAACUCCCCGCAAGCUCAGUCAUUCCCGCUCGACGCCGCAUCUCCGCCGCCCGCUAACCCCGCUCACCAACCGGCCCUCCCGGCCCAGCACCCCGCUGACCUGCGUCGAGCCCGCCAGACCGGUAAUCACCCCUACUCGAGUGCAGUGCCGUUCUCGCUCCGGGAUGAGACCGAGGACACCCGCGCAGGUCUCACCAGGCUCACCCCCGCUCCCGCUCUUGGCCCCUUCUCCUCCCCCUUCCCCACAGAACCGGAAACGCCGCCCAACGCCAGUGCAGCCAACGCGUCAGCGGUCUAUACGCGCGUUACGCGCCCACCUGGCUCGGGAACAGCGUGAGCGGCAGAGAGAGCGCGAUCGGGGGACGGGGAGGGGGGAGAGUCCUGAACCGGACUUUUCUGAUCCGGGGAUGUUGAGAGAGGGGAGUAUGCUUGAUGGGGAAGGAGAGGAGGGGGAGGAAGAGGAAUGGGCGUUGGGGACGAGGAAGAGGGGGGAGAAGAGGAUUUGGGGUUGGUAGGCCGUGGGAUGAACUUAUGAUCAUUAUGAAUUUCUGCUUUUUUCACUUUUUAUUUCUGCUUUACCGUUUCUCUUUUUUCUUUCUCUUCUUCUUUCUAUUCCUCUUUUGUGAUGGAUUCGUCCUGUGAUGUCAGUUUCUCUCUCUCUCCAUUUUGGUCUCUGGAUGCAUCCUCCUCCUCCUCCAUCAGCUCCACUCACCUGCUCGCUCGCUCGCUCUCGUUCCUUCUCACUGUCUUCCACAAGAUCCUACAC